UUAUUAAUCGUUUUUUUUAUUAUUUUAAUGUCGGUGUGACAUUCUAAUGUUUCUUGCAGUAUUUGGCACGAAAUGUAUUGAGUUAGCUUUUUCGCUAAGCUUCUGUGAGGUAGUCCUAUACCGUUCCUUUAUUUUUUACUUGACAUUGGCUGAACGUACACGUACAAAUCGUCUGUCCUUGCCACAAAAAAUGGUAGCGGUUUUGUUGACGGCCUAUUGGAUAAAUGAUAAAUUCAAAAAAAUCAAAUAAAAGUAGGUAUCUAUCUGUUUUAUUGCUAUGACAAGACCUAAUGCAGAUUGAUAAAAUGAUUUCACGAAAAGGACAAAAGGCAAUAAAUGAAGGAGUUGUCGGUAAAUAUAUAAAAAAGGAUACACCCCCUGACUUGCCCAUUAUAAAUGUGUGGACGACUGGACACAAUCGCAGACCACGAAGUCAACCGUUUGGUGCCAGUGAUGGUACAUCACAAAGUCAUGAAAACAAGUUUGGUAAAGCACAGACUAUGAGUGGACAUGCUGGUAAAUAUACUCCCAGUGAAUCAGUUCCAAAUUUAGCACACAGGUUUGCUUAUUUGUCAACUGGUAGCAGUGAUACAGCAAGUACUUCAAGCAAUUACAAUUCACAAUACCUCUUGGAUUCAAAUUUGGCAUCACAUUCAACACUUAAUGAAAUCGAUGACUCAUUCAGUAGACAAACUAGCUAUAGAUAUUAUAGGCAACAGCAGCAGGAAGAUCCUAUUUAUCAGAAUCAACAACAGGUCCAGCAACAAAAACAACAGCAGUAUGGAUCAAGAGAGCUGAGCAUGCCUAGAUUGUCUUCCAACCUCAGCCUAACACCCAGAUUACACCCUCCAUCUCCACAUACAAUCCGGUUACAUGCCUGCACAGAGACUUAUACAUCAGGCAGUCAAUCAUCACCAAUUUAUUCAAAUUAUGUCAACACAUCUGUUAUACCGUAUACUAGCAAGAGUCAUGGGAGCAAUAUUAUCUCAAACACCCAAGGUUCUGAAGAUUGUGAGUUACCCUUACCGCCCGGGUGGUCGGCUGACCGUACACUGCGCGGCCGCCGCUACUACAUGGAUCACAAUACUCAGACCACGCACUGGACGCAUCCGUUAGAGAGCGUGCCCCGCCCCUGGCAACGGGUCUCCACGCCCCAUCAUGGCGUCUAUUACUUCAACGAGAUAACUCAACAAACUACAUAUGCGCACCCUUGUCUAGUGGGUGGAUGCUACUUGGUCAGUCCGUAUGUGCCUACACUCGUGCCGCCAUAUUUGCUUGAGGAAAUUCCACAUUGGCUGAUUGUGUAUUCCAAGGCUGAUCAAGAACUCGACCAUAAACUGCGCUGGAACAUGUUCCGUCUGAGUGAACUAGACUGUUACUCUGACAUGUUGACGCGUUUGUACAAGCAAGAACUGCAGCUGAUCGUCAUGAAAUAUGAACAGUAUAGGUCAGCGUUGCUGCAAGAAAUAGAGAGGAGACGGCAAGCCUCGUUCCAUGCACACUAAUUCGAAAUAAUUCAUUAAUCAUUUGCCUUAUAAAGCUGUGAUCUUAAUGAUAAGAUUUUUUUAUGUCGGUAAUUAAAUUAUUAUGACUAUAAUAAAUUAGAGUCAUCAGACAAUAUUUUUAUAUUGGUAUUAAUAUAUGAACUAUGUUACUGUGAUUCGUUAUUAUUAAUAACAGAAAAGUAGUGUAUCAAAUAAUAAAUUGGACUUAUAUAAUGUAGUUGGAUUUUUUAUUUUAGUAUUGUCUUAAAAUCAGUUUUACAUUAGAAAUGUCUGUGUUUUUAACUGUGAUGGAAAUUAAAACAUUAUUAUAUCAAUUUCCCUAUAAGGGUGUUACCACACCAAUCGAUCGAUCGUCGAUCUAUGCAAUCGAUCGAUGGUAGAAUAGAUUAGUCGACGUCUAUCGAUAGUUUCUACCACACCAAAUGAUCGAUAAAUGCCAUCAAUCGAUGGUAGAAUGAAUUAGUCGACGCCUAUCGAUAGUUUCUACCAGACCAAUAAAUCAAUUGUUAGAAGGAGAUACCAUAUUUAGGAGAUUUUCAAUAUCACUGUUACUCAUUCGAAAAGCAUCCAAAAAACCACUGUUUAAAAUGUAAUUUGCAGAAUGUAAGCGAUCUUUGGGUUUAAAUAACAGUUGCAUCAUGAGUGUUCUGCGUUUGCGUCUCCGUAAUAAUAGUACGAGCAAAAUGGUACUGGCCAAAAACAACGCGUCCAAUUGUGAAUACAUUUCGAAACAAACUGAUGAAAUAUAGCCGGGGUCAAUCGAUCUACGUCGACCGAUGACAUCGAUCGAUUGGUGUGUUAACACCCUAACAUAUUUUUUUCUUAAGUAGGUUUUUCUUAGAAAAACCUAAAGCAGUUUCAUCACAUCCAAGAAAAAUUGAUCCAUAAUAUAGACCAAUACAAAGUAAAACUAAACUUCCGAAUGCAAAAAGGAAGAAACAGUAGAGUAAUAUAGGAUUUCAAUAAUAAUUGUUGAUGUACUUCCACACUAUUAUUUAUUCAGCACCCUUUCAAAUAAAAUGCUAUGGAAAGAAAGCUCUUGAAAAUGAGGGAUUUGGUGACAUAUGCUACUGGAAGACUGAAAUUUCCUACUACCAGUUGCCACUGAGUAGGAAGGAACCCAGGGGCAAGAGGCAAAAUUUUUAUUUUACAAUUAUUGCAUAUCUAAAUAUUGAUUAGUGCUCUAGUAAUAAUAAAACUACUUUUAAAAGACAUUAACAUUUUAUUUAAAAUUACAAAUUAUAACUAAGCAUAAUAAAUUCCAUUUGAUCUACACUUUAGUGUAGAUAUUAAAGAAAGUCAACAAACACCCUGUUUGAUGAGUUUCAUAUUAUAUUCUCUUCUGUUGGCAUUGUUGGAUAGGUUGCAGCAUAAUUUACAAAUUUUUUUCCUAGAUACAGAUGUUUAGUUAACAUUUUAAGACUUCAGUUCUUCACUAUCUUGCUUUAUUUGCUGUUCACCUUCUUCAACUGUUACAGGUUUACCAUCAACAAUGUCAUAUUCUCCAACUUUUGAAAUCCCUUUUAUCCUGACAACUUUCGCAUUAGGUAUACCAAGGGUAUUUGCCCAUGCCAGACCUGAAAACCAAAUUGGUAUUAUUUCCCGGAACAGUGUAUAGUUUCUGACCGAUUUAAAAAAAACUAAAGCUAACAUAGAUGAUGUGGUGGGCGGGCAGUAGUGUAGUAUAUUAUAUAAUAAAUAAACUUUAAAACAUUUCAAAUAGGUGGCAAACAAUAUUUGCAUUGAGUUUCAACCAGAUACCUGGAGCCAUAGCCCGUUCUUCGUCUGUCUUCAGACCAUAAUAAUGAGCCCAAUCUGCUUUGCCAUUAUAUACGCUGUAUAAAACUAAACCAAAUGCAUUCCAAGCUAAUAGUCCAUAAGCUAAACUUAGACGCCGUUUCCAAAUAAUUGCUUUAGUUUCUGGAAUAGGUUUAGUUCUACGGCGAAUGAACUGGUGCCACCAUUUAUGAAUCAUUAGGACUUUUAAGACUUCUGUAGUGUUACAAUACGGUUAUAUAACCUUCUAUGAUCCGAAUAUUUAUUAUAUAAAAGUAUUAUAUUCCUAGUUAUUAAAACAACACCAAUUAAAUUUGUCAACUUAUAAAAGCGGCUGUGUAUUGUUAUUUUUUUUAUUUUAAAAUUAAUGAAUUGAAACCAAACAAACAAAUAUAACCUCACUUUAUUUAUAGCAGCUCU